AGAAAACAACUAUAGUAAUGAAUUGGGUUGUUGUUGAUUUGUUUAUUUUAUUUAUUGCAGUCACUCCACAUCACAGACAGAUUCUUCAGGCAUUAAUAGAAAAAUCUCACAUAUAAUUCAGGAAGCAGAAGUGUAACACAGGCAGCGCGUCACUUCCGUGACUCUACCAACAUGGCGGCUCCCGGUGGCGGCGGCUGUGUCCCUAAGCUCCUGGUGCAGUAUGUUGUAGUUCGCUCGGAUUUAAUACACGCCUUGUCAUGGCCGUUAGGAGCGGUUAUAACGCAGGCGUGUCACGCCGCUACCGCCGCCAUUCACGUGAACUACAGCGACCCGGACACGCAGGAAUACCUGUCCGACUUGGACAACAUGCACAAAGUGGUGCUGCAGGCAGCAGAUGAAGCGAGUCUGACACGUUUAUCCAGGACGCUGAGCGAGAACAACAUCGCACACAAGCUGUGGACGGAGCAGCCGGAGAACCUGCCCACCUGCCUGGCGCUAAAGCCCUACCCCAAAGACACGGUGCAGCCUUUCCUCAGGAAGCUCAAGCUCUUCAAAUGAACUGAAACCCACAGUGUCUCAGACUCCGCCUCUCACACUCAACAUCAAUAAACAGCUUUAUCCUCA